UCCAAGCACCCUGCGGAGUCCAUCAUCGACCCCAGAGGGAACGAGCAACAUGGCGGCGGCGGCCCAGCCCGAGAACCUCUCCUUGGUAGUUCACGGAGCCGGGGACCUGCGGCUGGAGAACUACCCCAUCCCUGAACCAGGCCCAAAUGAAGUGCUGCUGAAGAUGCAUUCAGUUGGAAUCUGCGGCUCAGAUGUCCACUACUGGCAGCAUGGUCAAAUUGGGGAUUUCGUUGUGAAAAAGCCCAUGGUGCUGGGGCAUGAAGCUUCAGGAACAGUUGUAAAAGUGGGAUCGCUGGUAAAGCACCUAAAAGCAGGUGACCGUGUUGCCAUUGAGCCUGGUGCCCCCAGAGAAACUGAUGAAUUCUGCAAGAUUGGCCGAUACAAUCUGUCCCCAUCUAUCUUCUUCUGUGCCACACCCCCUGAUGAUGGGAACCUCUGCCGAUUCUACAAGCACAAUGCAGAUUUCUGCUACAAGCUUCCUGACAACCUCACUUUUGAGGAAGGGGCCCUGAUUGAGCCUCUGUCUGUCGGGAUCCAUGCCUGCCGGCGAGCUGGAGUCACCCUGGGGAACAAGGUCUUUGUCUGUGGAGCUGGGCCAAUUGGACUGGUCACUUUGCUUGUAGCCAAGGCAAUGGGAGCUGCUCAAGGGGUGGUAACUGAUCUGUCUGCCUCUCGGUUGUCCAAAGCCAAGGAAUUAGGGGCCGAUCUCAUCCUCCAGGUCUCCAAGGAGAGCCCUCAAGAAAUUGCCAGUAAAGUAGAAAGUCUGCUGGGAUGCAAGCCGGAAAUCACCAUCGAGUGCACGGGGGCAGAGGCCGCCAUCCAGGCGGGCAUCUACGCCACCCGUUCUGGUGGGACCUUGGUGCUAGUGGGGCUGGGCCCCGAGAUGUCCACCGUGCCCCUCGUGCAUGCGGCUACCCGGGAAGUGGAUAUCAAAGGCGUGUUUCGAUACUGCAACACAUGGCCGAUGGCAAUUUCAAUGCUUGCAUCCAAGUCCGUGAAUAUUAAGCCCUUGGUCACCCAUAGGUUUCCUCUGGAGAGAGCUCUGGAGGCCUUUGAAACAUCCAGAAGGGGACUGGGGCUGAAGGUCAUGCUCAAGUGUGAUCCCAAUGACCAGAAUCCCUGAUGUUAAUUGGGGUCUGCCCUCAUCCCCACUCUCCCAGUAUUUCGG